AUGUGCGCUGCUGUGUGGUUGGCGGGGCGGGCGCUGGUGUUCCUGCUGCCAGGGCUCAGACCGCGGUGUGCACCGCCGCUCCUGCUGCUGCUGCUGCUGCUGCUGCUGCUGCUGCUGCUGCUGCUGCUGCUGCUGCUGCUGCUGCUGCUGGUGCUGCUGCUGCUGCUGGUGCAGCUGCUGCUGCUGCUGCGGCGGCGGCGGCGGCUGCUGGUACGUAUAGCGCUGCUGCAUCUCACGCUGCUUCCCAUGCGGCUCGGGCAAGUCAUGCCGUCGCCGCUUCUGCCGACCCUCCUCGUCUUUCCGUCCCCAAUCAUGCUGCUGCUGCUGUUGCUGCUGCUGCCGUUGCUGCCGCUGUUGCUGCUGCUGCUGCUGCUGCUGCUGCUGCUGCUGCUGCUGCUGCUGCUGCUGCUGCUGCUGGCGGUGUGUUUCCGCAUGGGGUUGCCGCUGUGGUGGCUCCGGCGCGAGCGGCUGUGGGUGGUCAUCCUCACCCUCACCGCCGGCACCCUCCUCAUCAUACUCGUGCAGGCUGCGCCUCCAUUUGCGCACCUAGAUUAA